UCCAAUGCACAAGAAUUCGAGAUAAGCCCGGAAAUCCUCCUUGCCGGCUCGCCCGCUGCAAUGCUCUUUGCUUUCUUAGAGACCCAGGAAGACUUCAGUGGCGCUGCCCAGGCCCUGAGUACCUUCCCGUCGAUAUGCAAGACACAAGGGCUUGAUCAGCCGAAGCAGGCCAUGAGCACUUCCCCAGAAAUCAACUGCAACCUUACCGGUGUUGAUCCUGAGUGCUUCCUCAUCAACAUAUCCGGGCAGGUUGGGAAGUCUUGGGGCACCCAGGAGGCGGACGAGCAGAAGGCUGCACAAAUGAUCCAGAAGCUGCUCAAGGGGCAAGAACUUGUCCUCCAUGCCGCCAUCACCGCCUGUGCCGCAGCACCGUUGGCGGUCCCCUUGCUUUCUCAGUUUGGCACCGAACUGCCAUCUGCUGCAGAAGUCAUUAAUGAAGCUGCAGCGGCGUGCAGGUCUUAG